AGCUUCCCACAAAAACCGACUCAGAGUCAGUUUAGUGGUGAGAGGCGAGCGGCGUGUAUUUGUUGCCAAGAGAUGCGGUCCUCCAGAAAGAGAGGCCAAAAGUAAUCAGAAAUCGAGGCAGUAUCGUUAGCUUGUGGCAGUUUGGAUGAGGAACUACAGCCCAUGAUCAACGGCUGUCCUGCUCGAACACACCCAGAGCUGCUUCUUGUUUUCCUGUUUUUUUAAAGAAAGGCCAGAAGAUAUUCACGAAAAGGAAAAAGCAGAGUCCCCACUUCUCUUCAGACAAGAUGGAGAGGCUGUGUUUCCGGUUACCGGGCCACGGGGACACGACCCUUAAGCACCUGAAUACACUGAGGUCCCGCCAGCACUUCUGCGACAUCACCAUUGUGACCAGCGACAACCUGACAUUCAAAGGACAUAAGGUGGUGCUGGCUGCCUGCUCGCCCUUCUUGAGGGACCAGUUCCUCCUCAACCCGUCCCCAAAGCUUCAGGUGUCGAUGCUGUACAGCUCCACGGUGGUGUGUGAUCUGCUUCAGUCGUGUUACACUGGCGUCCUGCAGUUUAACCCAGAGGAGAUUGUCAACUACCUAACUGCUGCCAGCUACCUACAGAUGGAGCAUAUUGUGGAGCGCUGCCGAGGGGCACUGAAGAAGUACAUGCAUGUAAAAACCCCCAGUUCACCGAAGAUGACUUCAGAGGAGAGUCAGGCUCGACUGCUGAUUGGCAGCAUUCAUCCGGUGAGCUCUCCUCCCUCCAACCGGCCCUCCCCUGUGCACUCACACAGCCCUGUGGUGCGCUCAGCGGAGGACGACGACGACCUGUCUGCCCAGGACGGCAGUCAACACCAUAAUGGAAGUCCCAUGAUGGAUGAGCGAUGCAUUAAGUCUUCGUUUCUGUCGCAGGUAAAUGCAUCCAGCGAGGAGGAAGCAGCCAGACAGGACAACUGUGAUGUGUACCGAGUGUACGUCAAUGAAGAAGAGUGGAUCAAUAGGGCCGCGGAGAUGGAGAGAGGAGAUCCGUCUUAUGAAUUUCCGGAUUACCCGGAGACAGACGGUGUCGUGAUGGGAGGAGAAGGGAGUGAUUACGACUUCAAUCCAAAAGAAGAGGACCUCAGUAUGGGGGGACUUUCAGUGGAGGGGCUUUCCGCAUUCAGGCGCAGGCUACCCAACCCUAAAAUUGUCCGCGGCAGAGGGAGAGGGAGGGGCAGGGGGCGGGGCUUUAAGAGGAAGCAGUUGGUGUCAUCACAGGAAAAAAGACCCCCGGGCAUGGCUAACCACCAGGAUUUGUGGUACCUGGCGACUUCAGGGAUGGGUGCGGGUUUAGGCUUGGACUACAGCCAAGAGGGGCUCAAGACGGAAAACUACAUCUCGGUCGAACCCCCCAAGUUGGAGUUCGGCAUGGACGACCCGCACGGAGUAAAGGUCACUUCCAUGGACGGCGACGGUUUAAGCCACUCCGCCCUGGAAGAAUCCGGUUGCGACGCCGGCGAGGGGAGCUCGGGUCUGACGACGGUUGGAACAAACGAGGGGGGGGACGAGUCCGUCCCCGUGGUGGGGUCCACUUCAAGUGUGACUGGGCCUGUAAUCUGCGAGCACUGCGGCAUGACGUUCCCCUCCGUCCACUCUCUCGCGGUCCACUCACGCUCCACUCACCUGCUGUACACCUGUCCCUGCUGCGGCAAACACUUCCACCACUCUGCCAACCUCAACCGGCACAUGGCCGUGCACCGGGGCACCGGCAAAACCCACCAGUGCCCCCUGUGCUACAAGACGUUCACCCAGAAAUCCACCCUGAUAGACCACAUGAACCUCCACAGCGGCGAGCGACCGCACCGCUGCGCAUACUGCCACGCCCGCUUCGCCCACAGGCCCGCCUUGCGGCGCCACCUGAAGGAACAACACGGCAAAACCACGGGGCAGAACUCGCUGCACGAGCAGGAGGAGAGGGAGAGAGAGGAGGCGAGUAGGAGAAUAAGGGAGGAAGAGCAGGAAUGCCUGGUUACUGAACAGGAGUCAUAGCCACGUGUCUAAAAGCUCCUCAGACCCUGCAGCGCCCUGCAUCCAGUGGGGAGGUCAGUCCGUGGAUCUUAAAGGGACAGUGUAGGAUUUAGUGGCAUCUACUGGUGUGGUUGCAGAUUGCAACCAACUGAGGACCCCUCCGCUCACACCGGCCUUUCCACGACCGCGGUAACGUGAGGCGCAGAGUGCAAGACCGCGGUCAGACGCCAUCCAUAGCAUAACAACUACUUUAGGAGCAAAGCCAGUCAGGUGGCGGCCGGUAGCGCGGUUUGGCAUUCUUGAGGCUCACGUUACUUGCAGUUCCACAAGCAGGUCGGAGAACUACGGUGGCCUUCAGGUAACAAAAGACAAACACACGAAGGCUCUCGCUGGAGGUUUGACUCUGUGCUGCUGCAGAAACGUGGCGAAGCAACACCGAACCCUAUUUAGAAAUGAAGGACUCAUUCUAGGAUGACAAAAAGACUGAUUAUGUCUCGGGGUGUUAUACACUGAUAAACAGUAUUGAGUAGUCCAUUUCUGCCAAAAAAUCCCCCAAAAUACUCCACACUGUACAUUUUUAAGCGUGUGGUGGAAACUGAGGCCUUUAUAAUUACAGACUGUGAAAAUACGUCCUUUCAUAUGAAAAUGUUUCCAAUUUGCAUAGAAAUACAUUCUGAUGGAUGUGUGUGAACAUGGCUGAGUCCUCCACCCUCUCUCACGGAGGCAAAGGGCCUUUUUUGAGGCCAGACAUUUUGACUCGCCAUUACGAGUAUUUCUAGUGACACUAACAAUGGCUGUUGUAUUAAAGCCAGCGAACGCGACACCAGGACCUGGAAACUGAAGCGGCUGCUGUGGAACUGUGCUUUACAUACUGUGAGACGUCAAAAUGGCCUCAGUGAUAAAAGUCCUGUCGAUUUCCAUGAACUGUUUCAUCAGUUUGACUCGGAACUGUAGCGUUAAACUUUUAACAUGUAAUACACGUUCAAUGCGAUGACUGGCCACAGUUCAAAGAAAAGAUGGAAAAAAAAUAAAAGAAUGGGAACGUC